AUGCGGUCAUGUAGCCAUGGAAGCAGCAUACAGUCAUUGACAUUAGGCUCCUUUAUCUUCCUUGGAUUCCUUCUCUUCCUUUUGGACUGGUAUGAUCAGAAGCGAGCAGUCAAGCAGCUCAAGUCGGAGCAGAGUACUUUCAAAAACCAGACAAUCCACUUGGAGGAAGAUGCACGAGAUAGGUCUGUACGGGAUGGACCACCAGUUACAUCGGACAGUGAUUCAAAUAUGUUACCACGGUCGUCAAUGGAUACAGAGGAGAGGUAUGCAGACGGAAAUCACAUUACUGAGAGCCUUACCGCUAACAUUUCAUGGAUUCCUGUGGAUGAAGACGAGCGACAACAGUACAUGGGCAAUGGAACUUGUUUUGGGCCUUUGAAGCACUGCUGCAUAGGACAGUGUCGCCAACCAUCCAAUGUGAUUCCUUCCACCGACAGUCGUCUUUUUCGGAAGCCGAACGUUAAGCUUUCUAAUCUCUCUGAUUUGCUCCAUUUGGUUGAGACAAAAGUGAAGAAACCCCCGGAAAGUGCAUGCAGACUCAUAUUCCUCGGCGAUUCGCUGAUUGGAGAUCAUACGGCUGCCGCAAUUUGUCAACUGUACCGUUUGGGCUACCAAGCUGUGAAAUGCAUAAACAAGGAACAAUUUGGGAGCGACAAGAGGUAUGGGGAGAACACGUUUUGUAGGAAACGAAGACAAGGACCAGGACCUUUCUCUUUAUUUCUUCAGAGACAAGAUGAAAUUUGCCCCGACGUUACGCUGCAGGUGAUGAGGACACAGGAUUAUAACCACGAAAUAUCACUGGAGCCAGAAUCAAGUGGAAUAAUGGUUUGGAGUGAUGGUGUGCACAGAAACAAGCCUGGUGAAAUCCGGGAGUUUAUGAAAGAGAAUUUUGUAGACAUGGUCCGCAGCAUGCAGGUUCACUUUCCCAAUUGGCAAGUUCUUUUUCUCGAGCAUGAACCCCAACACUUUAAGACAUCCGAUGGUAAUUGGCAAAAAAAGGUAACAAUGUGUCAUUCUCUGACAGUUACCAAUACAAGCAAUUGGCGAAAUCAAGAGGCAGCGCAAACCAUCGAAGAAGAAAACUUGCCUGUUCGUAUUGUCCCAUUGUAUGCACAAAUGUUACCGCUCUGGGAUUUACACAUUGGGAAAGGCGACUGCACUCAUUAUUGCUACAUGCCUUGGCGCUUUGAUGUGACAUGGCAUGGAAUCAUUGAAGCUGUCGAAGCAAAUCUAAGGAACAGCUGA